GCAGGGCUGCGGGUGUAAGGAUGGACUUCCCCAGCUCCCUCCCACCCUCAUUGUUCAUGACCGGCCCCCUUGGUCAGAGCGAUGUCCCUGACCUGUCGUUCAUGUGCAGCUGGAGAGACACACUGACCCUGCCGGCGUCCUCACCCCAAGGCUCUCAGGACAGCACGCCGCACGUGGCCAAGGCUCUGCUCUGGGAGCCGGACACGCCUGGGCCCCUGCCCUUGCUGCCUCCUGGUCCCGAUCCCUGGGACCCUGGCCUGACUGCCAAAGAUCUGCUUUUCCGGGGAGGCUACCAGUUCCGGAGACAUCCCCGAGCCGUGCUGGAUGUUACUGAGCAGAUCAGCCGGUUCUUGUGGAACCACGGAGACAUAGCCUUUGCACCCCUGGGAAGGCUACUGCUGGAGAAUUUCAAACUGGAAGGAGCACAUAGCCGCUCUAAGACGAAGACAGUGGUCAGUGUGAAGAGGCUACUCCAGGACCUCGGUGGACACCAGCCCUGGGGCUGUCCCUGGGCUUACCUCAGCCAGCGCCAGCGCCGGUUUUCCAUCCUUGGGGCCCCGAUCCUGAGCACGUCGGUGGCGAGCCUCCUGGGAGAGCUGCUGCACGAGGAGCUGGCCCUGCGCUGGGAGCGGCUGCUCCUGGAUGAUGCCUGCACCGGGGGCGCGCUGGCCUGGGUGCCUGGCAGGACCCCUGGGGCCGGGCAGCUGGUCUACCCCGUGGGCGGUGCCAUGGACACACUGUGUUUCCAGAAGGUCAGUCUGACCCCAGAGAGCGAGCCCCAGGUUCUCAGCGACCCUGGCCGUAUCCAGCUCCGGGGACCCGUCCGGCAGGUAGUGACCCGCAGCGUGCAGGGAGAAGCUCUGCUGGCUGUCCGCUCUGACCACCACUGUGGCCUGUGGAAGGUCAGUAUGCAGGGGCAGCCGGCCCCUCUCCAGGUGCUGCAGGUGGACAAGGGGGCCACAGGGAUCAGCCUCAGCCCUCACCUGCCUGGAGAGCUGGUCAUCUGCAGCCGCUCUGGAGCCGUCUGUCUGUGGAGCGCCGAAGACGGGCUGCGGCAAAUCUACAAGGACCCUGAGACCCUGGUGUUCCGGGACCCUUCUUCCUGGCGCUGGGCAGACUUCACCGCCCACCCUCGAGUGCUGACGGUGGGUGACCGCACUGGAGUGAAGAUGGUGGACACUCAGGGCCCGCCGGGCUGCGGUCUGCUGCUUUUUCGUGGAGGGGCAGAGGCGUCGUGCCAGAAAGGAGAGCGGGUCCUGCUCACCCAGCACCUGGGGGAUCUCGGCCCAGAGUCUCUGCACCCCAUGCUCCACCUCGUCUGUACCCAGUUCUCCCUCUACCUGGUGGAUGAGCGCCUCCCCUUGGUGCCCCUGCUCAAGUGGAACCAUGGCCUCCGCUCUGCGCCCCUGCUGGCCCGGCUACUGCCGCCACCGCGCCCAGGCCUCCCCCAGCCACUGCUCCUGGCCAGCCAGGGUGGGGAGCUGCAGCUGCUGCACCUCGCAGGAGUGGGGGCCUGCACACCCCGCCUGGCGGGGCUCCCCCAGUCUCUCCCCACCAGGAGCGACUCCCUCUCGGCCUUCCCCCUGCUGGAGCCCAAGAGUCACCGGCGGCUGCAGGAGCGUCUGAAAGCGCCCACUGUAGGUCUGGCUGCUGCCAUCCCGCCCCCCGCCUCCACACCAGUGCUGUCGCUCUUCCAGCUUUCCGCGGCCGGAGAUGUUUUCCACCAGCGCCUCCACCUCCAGGCAGACCCCGGGCCCAAUGCUCGUGCCCCCGCAGCUUCCUGGACACCCCAGGCCACUGCCUGCUGCAGCCGGUGGCUAGAGGCCCUGCUGGAGGUGCCCCUGGCUCCCCCGGUGUGGGCGGCACCCACCUUCUCCCACCGCCGGCUGCUGGGUGGCUUCGAGCCUCAGAAGGUGGAGGGGCUGGCGCCCGAGGGUUUCCGCAGGGCCAUGGCCCAGGGGCGGCUCCUACAGCGGAGGGACCUGGGCCUGCUCCCUCCGGAGGAGCGGCCCCCCGCCCCCGAACCUGGCCCCGAGGAUGAGCUCAGCGAGCGUCUGGAGGCAGCCUGGGAGUUCGGGGCUGCGGCCUGGUGGGAGAGGCGGCGGGGCGGCUGCGCAGGACCCGGGAAGCAGCCCAAGCGGCACAAGCGCCGGACUCAGCUGUCCAGCACCUUCUCCUCCCUCAGCGGCCGUGUGGACCUCUCGGAUCCCGCCAGCCCCCCGCCCAGCCCAGACCAUACACUGCCCGAGGCCAGGCCCCAGCCCCCAAGGACCCCGCCCUCCCAGGAGCUCACCCAGGAGCCCUGGGCCCAGGGCGUCCCCUCAGAGCGGCAGCAGACCCUCUGGGACUACAUGGCUGAGCUGCCGCUCCGCACGGACACCCCAGGAGGGGCCUCUGCACUCUCCUCCCAGACCCCCAGCGUCCGGACCACACCCUCCAGGCAGCACGCCCCCCAGGACGGCACGGUCCAGCAGCUGCCGCGAAGGGACACCCCAGAGGGCACCACUGUGCUCUCCUCCCAGACCCCAAGUGUCCGGGCCACGCCCUCCAGGCAGCACACCCCCCAGGAUGGCAUAGUUCAGCAGCUGCCCCGAGGGGACACCCCGGAGGGCGCCACCCCGCCCUCCUCCCAGACCCCCAGCUUCCUGGCCACACGCUCCAGCUCUCAGCGGCUCCGGAAGAAGCCCCGCAUGGGCUUCUGAGGCCUGGGGAGGUUGCCAGCUCCAAGAGCCUACCAUCCUUGAUAAGCUGCGUCUUUCGUGGUUGAAACGGGAAUCAGAACAGUCCCCAGGGGGCAGACCUGCUUCUGGAAUGCCUUCGUGAGCGGGAGACGCUCGGAAGCAGUCUGGAGCAACGUCAGGGGAAGGAGAACAGCAAAAUAGUCAUUUCUCCCGUAGGUCACGGUCUCGGGGCACAUGGUGGAGCCCUGGCAGCCCUGUCCUGAAGGUCAAUGUUGCUGGGAUCCCUUCCAGCUAACAGUGUCGUGCUGAAGGCAGGGGCUGCAGGCGCGCUCGGGCCCCCAGUGACCUCGGGGCCAGAGCCCCAGCUGCUUGGCGCUGUGGGUGACGGUGAAAUGAGCUCCCCAGCUAGCCUGCGCUCACUGGGUGUCGCGGUGGUUUGUGGUCAAUGUCUGUGUGAUGCGGUUCCUAGCACAGUAAUGUGGAGAGGGAGGCACUUUGGACCCAUGUUAGGGGUUGAAUAAACCCAUGACUGAG